CAUUGUCAGUAAUGAGAGCCAAAGGAAGAACGACCGUAACGACACGAUUUAAGGCGGUUGCAUCUACGAAAGGGAAAUUCUUGUUCCAAGUCAUGCAUUUGGUUUGAAGAAGCUAGGCUUUUUAAAUUUCGUGUUCUUUGUCUAAUCAGAAGUGCCAUUUUUAUUAAAAAUUCUUUUGGCGGAAGACUUCUGGAAAAUCCCGAUGGCUUGCGAAAUGAGAAGUGAAGGUCAAUCCAGUUAGCUCACCUGGCAAAGAGUUUGUUGCUCCAUGCAUCACAUUUUCAAAGAAGACAAGGACUCCACCUCUGCAGUAGACAGUGUCUGUUACAAAGAGUUUUCAGAGUGGAUCUCAAGACAUCUUUCAUGCCCGGUUUGACCUCUGAGCAGUUGUAAUGGAAGAAAUUCCAGUUCGAGUGGCAGUGCGAAUAAGGCCCCUGCUUCCCAAGGAGAUACUCCACAAUCAACAUGUGUGUGUGAGAGUCGUCCCCAACUCUCAGCAGGUUAUCAUUGGCAAAGACAGGGCCUUUACGUUUGACUUCGUGUUUGGUCAGAAAUCGGCACAGCAUGAAGUGUAUGCUACCUGUAUCAAGCCCUUGGUUUCAUCAUUUAUUGAAGGAUACAAUGUGACAGUAUUUGCAUAUGGACAGACUGGCUCUGGAAAGACCUACACAUUAGGAGGAGGAUAUGUUGUGUCUUCUUGUGAUGAAGAAAAGGGAAUUAUCCCAAGAGCAAUCAAUGAAAUCUUUCAAAAAAUUUCUGAAAACCACAACACAGACUUUACAGUAAAGGUAUCUUAUAUUGAAGUCCACAAGGAGGAUCUCCGGGACUUGCUUGAACUGGACACAUCGUCCAAAGAUAUGCAUAUCAGAGAGGAUGAGAAAGGGAACACAGUAAUUGUGGGAGCUAAAGAGUGCCUUGUGGAGAGUGCUGAUGAAGUAAUACAACUCUUGGAAGGUGGAAAUGCUGCUCGUCACACAGGGACUACACAAAUGAAUGAAUAUUCUAGUCGAUCCCAUGCCAUUCUCACUAUCAUUGUUGACCAGCAGGUGCAGAAAAUAGACGGAAUCCAUAAGAAUCAUCAGGAUACAAAUGAAACCCCUCCCAAUUCAGUACAUCUGAUCUCUUCAAAAUUCCACUUUGUAGACCUGGCAGGCUCUGAGAGAGUCACAAAAACAGGCAACACUGGCGAGCGAUUUAAAGAGUCUGUCCAGAUCAACAGUGGCUUAUUGGCUUUGGGGAAUGUAAUAAGUGCCCUUGGAGACCCCAAGCGGAAAAGCCAACAUGUGCCUUACCGAGAUGCCAAGAUAACCCGCAUACUCAAAGACUCUCUAGGUGGCAAUGCCAAAACCUUAAUGAUUGCCUGCAUUAGCCCUUCAUCGUUCAAUUUUGAUGAGUCCCUUAAUUCUCUUAAAUAUGCAAACAGGGCCAGAAACAUCAAGAACAAACCAAUAGUCAAUUUUAAUCCAGACUGGGACCGCAUGAAUGAAAUGGAGCUAGAGAUUCAGGCCCUGAGAGAGGCUCUUCAAAACCAGAGAGGUGGCAUGGUGACCCGAGGCAGUCAGGUAUCUCAGGACCUAACUGGAGAACAAGAGAAAAUGCGCAUCUGUGCACUGGAGGAGAGGCUAGCCCAGCUUCAGGUAGAGUGUUACCACUACCGGACCUGCACCGAAGAUGCUUUUCACAUUCUGUUAGAGCUAAAAGGCAUAGCUAGCUUUCCACAAAAUCAGCAACGGAAACUGCAAGAGUGGUUGGAUGCUGCAGAGGAACUUCAAAGUGAAAAUUCUAAUUCUAGAGUGAAUAGCAGUAACAGCAAUGCUACGGAAGAGACUCAUCACAUCACCAUUCUUCAGCUGAAAAGAGAACUCAAAAAGUGCCAGGAUGCUUUAGCUGCUGAUGAAGAAGUCUUUAGUCAGAAAGAAGCCGAAUUAAAAGAGUUACAAGCCCAGAUAAACACAUUGCUUGAAGAGAAUAAAGCACAUUUAGCCAUCCUUGAUGAAGAAGAAAGUAAACAAAAGCUCCAGAAGGAAAAAAUGGUUGAGCAGCAGCUGAUAAUCAACCGGCUAAGAGAAGAAUUGCACCACACAAACAUGGUCUUGAGCAAGUCUUGUUUAUCUGUUGAUGGGACUUCUAGUGUUAAUACCAAAUCUCCUAGAAGACCUUACAGUGUUCCUGUUUCCAACAGUCAGCCUCAAGAUGUUUCUGAAACGAGCAUAAUGCGAAAUACCACACGAAAGGUACACACCAGUCCCCCUGCCUAUUCUCUAGAACGAAUUGUUGCAGCCUUUCGGACAAAAAGCCAAUUGCUGUUGGCAGAAAUUGAAGAGCAAGAUGAAGUUCACUGUCAGCAAAUUCCAGAGAGCAGUGAUGAGGAAGAAAAGGAGGAUACAGUUAAUAAAGAACAUAACGAAACACAAGAAUUCAGACGUUCAAGGAAUCGUACCUGGACUCGAAAACAGACAGCAGUAAUUGCUCGUCCCGGCCUUCAAGAUGUAUUUCAUCAUCAAAAUGGAAAGUCACACAUCAAUUUGGAAAGAAGAGAUUCAACUGGAGAAAGGGAAGAUGCAGAUGCUAACUUGGGUGAAGAAGAGAGUCUACAGAAGACCCAGUCUAUAAAUGUACAAAAGCUUAAAGAUGCAGAAUUGAAACUCACACAAGCCAGGCAGAAGAUGAAGAAUCUAGCAAUAAACAUAAAAAUGAAGGAAGAGCUUAUUAAAGAAUUAGUAAAAACAGGAAAAGAUGCCCAGGCUGUUAACAGACACCAUUCAAUAAAAAUCUCUCAACUGGAACAGGAGGCAGAACAGGCCAAGAAAGAACUGUCAGAGACACAGAAGCAGUUGCAAGAACUGGAGAACAAAAAUGGAGCAGAAACUACCAGGCUUCAGAAGGAGUUCAGAAAGAAAGUGGAAACAGCUAAACUCAAAGUGCAAGUUCUACAAAAGAAACAGCAAGACACCAAAAAGCUGGCUUCUCUGUCAACACAGAGUGAGAAACGUCUAGCAGAGCUGGAGCAGAAUGUGGAUCACAUGAAGCGGCAACAGUUGCAACUUCAAAGGCGGCUAAGAGAAGAGAUGGAAAAGAAAAAAAAGUUAGAAAAUGAAAUCCAGAGGGAUCAGCAGCAUAUUAAGGAACUGCAAUUAAAAAAUGAGCAACAGCAAAAAAUUUUGAAAAUAAAAACAGAAGAGCUUGCAGCUUUUAAAAAGUUAAAACAUGGUGUCAGCACUCCUGAUGAACAACAGAAACUUGAGGAGCAGCGAAAAUGGUUAGAUGAAGAAGUAGAAAAAGUUCUUCAGGAACGUCAGGCCCUGGCUGAACUUCAGGAAGAAUUAAAGAGACGAGAAGAAAUUAUUGCUAAGAAAGAGUCCUAUGCACAGGAAAAAAGUCAGCUGGAGAUAAAGAAACUCCGAUCCAGCCAGGCUUUGAGUAAAGAUAUUCUCAAACUGUCCACACGAUUAAGCAUGUUAGAUAAGGAGCUCUCAGAAAAAAAUAAGUUACUCCAAAGCACCAGUGAGGAGAAUAAGAAUAAAAUUGCCUCAGAAGUAGAGUUUUUACAUGAUGAGAGAAAACGACUGCUAAAAAGGAGAGAUAGCUUGGAUGACAAACUGAGAAGUGGCUGUGUUUUGACCACGGAGGAGGAACAUAUUCUUUUCCAGCUGGAGGAAGGCUUAGAAGCUGUAGAUGCUGCUAUUGAAUAUAAAAAUGAGAUCAUUCAGAGCCAUCAGUACUCUGUUAGGUCUUCAACAGAAUUCUUCACACAUAGUGAGGCUGGGGUCAUGGUUAAACUGAGCACGCUCUCAUUUCCUGAAGUAAAGGCCCUAUUACUCAGAUAUUUUAAAAAGGUUGUAUGUCUGAGGGAAUCUGAAAAGAAAUUACAGCUAAAAUCUGAUGAGCAGACAAUUCUGAUCAGGGAAAAGGAGAAUAUAAUUCAAGAGCUAGAAUUUGCUCUGGAACGUCUUAACUUAGAAAUGGACAGAAAACUGACUUUUCAGCAAAAAGAACACGAGCAGAGAUUGCAGUUAGUUUUGCAAGAGUUUAAAGAACAAGGUGGAGAAGGUCUGUCCGAGAAUAUCAAAGUGUAUGAAUCAAAAAUCCAGGUACUUGAGAAGGACCUUUUCUUCUAUAAGAAGACAAGCAGGGAGCUAAAGAAGAAACUUAAGGAGUUGGUAGUAGAUUCACUUCAUCACUCAACAUCAUCAAAAGGUGAUGUGGACAUUCAAGAAAAAAAGCUAUUUUUUCCAGAGGAUGAAAAAUGGGCCAUGGCCUCUGAAAAAAAUAUAUCAAUAGGAAACACGAAGGGAAAUAGUGAUAGCUUUUCAAAUAGUCCCCAAAGCCACAAAUAUAGCAACGUGUGGGAUGAGGUUAAAGAAAUUGCUCAGCUUCCUUCUGUUUCAUCUCAAGGUAAAAGACGCUUAGCCAUCGGAAAAGAGCAUUCUACAGAAGAUGAGGAUCCUAAAGCAGGUCAGCAUUCUGGUAUAACUCCUGUGAGAGUGCUGCGAAGAGAACUGAGACAGAUUUCUGUCUCCCAGCUGUCCAACAGGCGUUCAAGCCUUGGAGCCAGUGUGGUUUCAAUGCAAGAAGACUCUAUUGAAAUAUCCCAUAAAUCUUCUGAUGGCAAUUAGUAGUGUGAUUUGACACUUUAGCCAUGCAACUGCAAGUACUUAAAAACAAACUAGGGUUAAGCAAAUGUGCUUUACUUAAAUCAUUAUCAGUCAAAUUAAAUUACAAUGAAACUCUUACUCACUCAGUUCCGAUAAAAAUAACAAGAUUACAGCAGUCCAGUGAACAAAACAGAGCAAUAUGUAUAUUAAAAAAAAUUAUAUUGUGGAAAGGUGAAAUUGUGUCUCUACCUACCAGUAGAAGAUUUGCUUCUGUAAAUAAUGUUGAAACAAUAUAUAUUUAUUAUUUCAUUUUGGAACUUACCAGUUAUCUUAUUGUAUUCUUUCAUUUGUGCGGUUAAGUGCCAUUACUGGAAAUUCCCAGGAAAUGUGGUAACUGCAAGUAUUCUAAGUGUAAAUAAUAUGUUUUGUUGAGAAUAUUUUUUUUUUUACAUCAGUUUUUUUUUUUUUUUGUAAUGAUUAAACCUGCAUCUUCUCCUUAAUGUUUUUAAUGUUUAUUCCUGUUACAAUAACAAACAAGUUAAGUUAUAGUGAAUGUAAAUUAUUACAAAGUAUAAAACUGAAGAACCUUUAAAGAAUGUGCCUUUUGAUCUUUAUACCUCUAAAGUUUAGUUUUUAUUUUACAAUUUCCAUACAUUUACUCAUCCAGUAUGGCCACAUUAAACGUAUACUGUGGUUACACUGAGUGUACUGUUCCCCAGUAAUUAUGAAAUGAAGUUUUUAGUAACUCCUGAUUUUUUUUUUUAAAUUACCAUCUCAUCAUUAUUUGAAAAUAAUAUAAAGAUUACACUCAUUAUAGUAACUUAAAGAUCAAAAUCAUUAAAACUAUUAAAAUUGUCAAUUUAUGUGUUCCUGUUUGAACUCUAUACUAGUGUAUUAAUGUAAAGUAUAGAGGUAUAAAAAAAAAAAAAAGUUUAUAACCUGAGAAUAAUGUUCCCUGUUGUUGGUUCUUGUAUCCUGGUAUAAUAUUACAUGGCUGCUAACCACAGACACUUGAGGAAUUAAAUGGUGCAGUAGGCCUUGGUUGAGUUAUUUACAUGCAAAAUUAUGUUUUUUUACUUUAUUUUUUUUUAAACAUAAGGAUAAGGUGCAUGAGCAGAUUUUUUUAAUAUUUAAGCAAGCUGGUAAUCUUGAGUCAUAGUGAGAAAGCAGAAUUUUAAAAAGGUAAACUUUGUUAUUGUAAUAUAUGCUGACGAUGUGUGUAUAGUAUGUGUGUGUGGGUGUGUGUGUGUAUAUAAAUAUAUACAUCUAUAGGUUUUUAUUGAAACAAUUUAAAUAUAUUAGAAGCACUGUAGUGUGACAUUAUAGAAUAAUGUGUGCAAUAUGUUGUGUAUUUGUCAAUAUUUAUUUGUGUAUUAGCAUAAAUUUUAGAAUUUUUUUAGAAUUUUAUAGAAUUUCAUUUUGCACUUAUUUUGCUGAAACAGUUUCUGUAAACAUUUUUGUAUUUUUUUCCAAUUCUUUUUUAACUAAUACCAGUCUGAACCUUUGCUUUUGUUUUUAUCAAUAGAGGAUCUAAACACAAUUUAUAC